GGGUUUAGGGUUAGGGUUAGGAUCAGGGCUAUGGUUAGGGGGUUUAGGGUUAGGGUUAGUGGAUAGUUAAUUGAAAUGUUGUUGACAGUUAUCGAACAUUUACUGGACAUCUACAAAACAUCUACUUUGGACUUUCCAAAUAGUGUUACCCCAGCAUGCCAUGCUAUGAGACUGGAGAGGAUGAGGUUCAAUAGUGUUACAGGAUGAUAUAAUCUCAAAUAUUGUGUUUUGGCCAGCAUCCAUGUAAAAAGGUCAAUAGGCUAACCUGUAGUCCUCAGUGUUUAUUAUCAUAUGCAAAUAUUUACAUUGAUAUGACCACACAUUGACCAAGAAUAAAAACCACCACUGCAUACAAAUGAGAAAAGAGCAGGUACUGGGCUGCAAUUAAUUAUGUUGCAUAGCCUACAUUUUAAACAUCAUUAAUGAGUGAAUAAAACUGUUUUGAUCAUACAAAGAUUGAUAGAAUAAUGCAUUUUAUGAAUGCCUAGUUUGAUAUUAAAAUAACACUAUUAAAAAAACAAUACAAUCAUAAUACACUAUCAAAUAGGUUAUUUAUUACACAGUAAUAGCCUAGAGGAGGGAUUACAAACCACAUUUUGCAAUCUCCAUCUAUGUCUUUAAAUCCUGAAGCAAGCACCUCCCUCUCUUGAGUUGCUCCUCAACAACAUUUCCUCUGCAUCGGAAUAGCAAAGGGAGAACAUGCUCCAAGUAGUGCGACAGUCAGUGUCGAAUAGUUCUUGUUAAUGUCUGGUGUUAUUAUUGCAUAGGAACAAAUGCACGAGGAUUUGCUUACCUGGAUGUGCGUAUAAGUGGUUAGAGGGAAAUCAACGCUCCCGCUCAAACCCGUAAUUUGAUACAUUUUUCAAACAUUUGAGCUUUGAUGUUUGAGUUUAACAAGUUCCAGUGUUUCUCCUCGAAAUAGUUAUUUGUCUCUCGGUGUACAAUGUAACGUUAGCGUAAUUUGUGUAUUAGCCUACCUGUAUGAAUGUAACAUGAUAUUUAGUUCGAUAUGACUAAUGUGACUCCAAGUAAAAGCGUAGAAUGGCUCCAACUCGAGUUGGAAUCCGGGGGAGGUUCGCUGCUUUUGUUGGACUGCCGAUCGCACGAGCUUUACGAAUCAUCCCACAUAGAAACGGCGAUCAAUUUGGCAAUUCCAGCAUUGAUGCUGCGAAGGUUCAAGAAGGGCAACAUACCCAUCCGAACUAUCAUACCGAACCACGAAGACAAGGAGAAAUUCGUUAGACGUUGCAAUACAGAUACAGUGAUUCUGUACGAUGAGUGCACUGUGGACUGGCAGGAUGGGGCCACAGUCUCGGUUCUGGGACUACUUCUUCAGAAACUAUGGGACGACGGCUGUAAAGCAUAUUACCUGGAAGGGGGAUUUGGGAAGUUUCAAACCGAGUACCCAGAGCACUGUGAGACCCUCCUGGACAGCUCCUGUCCCAGCUCCUCUCCCCCGCUCUCCGUCCUAGGCUUCGGAAGUCUCCGGAUCAGUUCCGACCUCUCAGAUGGUGAAUCGGACCGCGAGCCGAGCAGCGCCACAGAGUCUGAGGAGAGCCCCCUUCCCAACAACCAACCUGCCUUCCCAGUCCAGAUCCUUCCCUACCUUUACCUGGGCUGUGCCAAAGACUCCACUAACCUGGACGUGCUGGGCCAGCACAACAUCAAGUACAUCCUGAACGUCACACCCAACCUCCCCAACAUGUUUGAACAUGACGGCCUCUUUACAUACAAGCAGAUCCCCAUCUCGGACCACUGGAGUCAGAACCUGUCCCAGUUCUUUCCAGAGGCCAUAUCCUUCAUCGAUGAGGCUCGGUCCAAGCAGUGUGGCGUCCUGGUACACUGUCUGGCUGGCAUCAGCCGUUCUGUGACCGUGACCGUGGCCUACCUGAUGCAGAGGCUCAACCUGUCCCUUAACGACGCCUAUGACUUUGUCAAGAGGAAGAAGUCCAACAUCUCCCCCAACUUCAACUUCAUGGGCCAGCUGCUGGACUUCGAGAGGACACUGGGGCUGCACAGCCUGUGUGACAACCGCUCCUCGUCCAAUGAGCAGCUCUACUUCACCACGCCGACCAAUCACAACGUGUUCCAGUUGGACACGCUGGAGUCGACGUGAGGAGACGGAGAAGACAGGGUUUGGCUGCCAUGUUGUUUCAUCAGUGUCGCCAUGGUAUUUUGUUGCCUGUAAGGAAGAGGAAAAUACUCCUGGAACUGCAACUGGUGGAGAGAGACUGAGGAGACUCACCUGUCAUGCAAGUUAUUUAAGUAUGGAUUCUUAUAGGACACGGUGCUCCCCAUUAUACUUUAAAAAGUACAUGCUCUGUUUGGUCCACGCUCUGAUGCCUUAUCGUCUAUAAUAGUGAAUGACGGUAUGGUUAUUGCAGGAAAUGUAAUUAUUAUGAGCUAACUCUAAAAUGGUUGUAGAUGGUUUAACUGUCAUUUCAUAUUCACCAGAUGUAAAGUGGAUGUGUCAGUUGUUUUCCUAACAACUGUGGCUAAUGCAUUGGUCUGAAGGGAGAUUUUGGCCAUGGAGAAUGUGAAUCAAUGUUUUCUGGGAACAAAAGGAGAUUUUUUUGAAUGGUACUUUUGCUGAGGGGAUUGGGCUACUUUAAGUUGGCCUUGAAUGACUUUAACUUUCCUAUUGAUGACUGUUCUAAACGUCUUCAUUUGCAGCUAUCUCUCUAAACAUCAGUAUGGAGUGAUCAUGGAAAACAGUAGGUGACAAAUGCUAUGUUAUGUUCUCUACUUUGCUGUCAUCUUCAGAGUAAACAUUUGUGUUUUCCAUUUGAUAAUGUAGGAAUGCAAUACAUUAUGUCAGAACAUUACCGUUUUACCUUUGUUGCACAGAGACAGGUCACCCUCUGAAAAAUGUUAAAGAUGAAACACCUAUAGUUUUUAUUUGCAUAGCUCUUGUAAAUUGUGAUAAUUAUAAUAACAUUGCAUUGUUUGCAUGUAAUCAAGUUUAACUUCUGUUCUGUACCUCUUCUGCCUGUUGUUCCUGUGGCCUUUAUCAUACCGUCUAAGUUAACAUAACACUUAACUGUCUUUAACCAAGGAUUGUCAUAUGCCAUGCUUGAAAUGAAUGACUUGUAUAUGAUAGUUAUGAUCCAUAAUGGACAUUUGUACCUUGUUUAUUAAGUAAUGUAUAAGUCAUGUUUAGACAAUCUUCAGCCUGCAGCUACUCUUCCUGUGGCGGAACUGUGUUAAGGGAAACAUGCAGUGUGUUUUGAUCCGUUCUGUAUUUGUCAGUAAUGUCUCAGAACGAGUCAGCUCGAAGUUGAAUGUUUUAGUGAAUGAGAGAGGGAAUUAAAUGAAACGAGUGAUGAUGAUGCUAAAUGUGUUCUUACCUCACAGAGAGACAUUUUCAGGGAUUUUUAUAUAGCACAUUUGUAUGUUGUUACAGCCUCUGAAAUACAUCAAAGGGCUGUGUUUAUUUGUAUGUGUUUGUAAAAGAUGUACAUAAGAUUAGCUUGGUAACGUGGGACAUUUUCUCUGAAUCAUGAAGGAUGUGAAGUGAAAUUGACCCGAUUACAGUAUGUAUAGUGUAUGUAAAACUAAAUGUACAACACAGUAAUGUACAAGUUUAUACAACAAAUAUAUUGUAUAUUUUUUACCUUUAAA